ACUCAAAGUGACCUUGACAUUUGAUCGAUGCCUCACGAUGGGAGCGAUUUGAUGGAACGUAUUCGGCAAAUCGUCAACCAACAGAAGUUACGUUGCUUGGAUGAAAAUAAAUUGAACUCAUCCUCAAUCGCUGGUUUAAAUUUGGAUGAUUUGAUGGGUGAUAAUCACAAUAAAACCGAAGUAUCUAGCAAAUUUGUCACCCGUAAAGUUGCUGAAACUACUGCUCCAUCUCCUUAUCCAGGGUUUUCUACUGUCAGUGGAGAUCAAAAGAAAAUAUCUACGAAUGAUACAUAUUUCAGCACAUGUAAAUCUGAUGCAAAAGCCAAUAUUUUAAAACGUUUACAUGGUACAAGUCCAACAAAUCCAUGUAUUAGGCACGUCUCUGCCAAAAGUACACGUUCACAACACGUUGAUUCACAAAUCAAUACAAUUCCUAAUAAUGUACAUGCCUGGCGUCAGGGUAAAGAACUUAUUGAUAAAUAUCUUGGAACUUCAUCUGAGAGUAUUGAUAAACAUGGGAAUAAUGAAGAACAAUCUCCAAAAUUAGAUCAUUCAAGCCCGUUGGGAUUCGAUGCAGUCAUUGAUAAGAAUAAUCCAAAAAUAUUAAAUUUAAACCAAAAUGAACCGAAGAACACAGUAAAUACGGACAAAGCAAGCAAACAGAUGGUGAAUGCGCCGCUUGUCGCUUCCAAGUCUGGUAAAGGUCUAUUUCAUUCAAUUAAGAAAAAAAAUGAAGUAAACAAUCAUUCAGAUGCUCUAGAAUCUGUGCAAAAAGAUAUUCAUGGCUGUCCUACACCUAGAGCUCAUCUUAAGGCCCUGGUCCAACAACAAAGGGAAGCUCGAAAACAAGAGCAUAAACGGCAACUGGAAGCCGAAAAAGAGAAGCGUGAACAAAUACAACGUAAUCUGCAAUCAACUGCACUAGCAGCAGCUGCUGCUGCAAAGUUACCUGUCACUUCGACCAAAAAAAUGCCUGAACAUUCUCAAGUUAUCCCUGUAUGUUUAUUUCAACCGGUCAAAGCACCUGUAUUGACGUUGAACUCUUAUUCUUCGGAACGAGAACAAAAACUGGACGAACUUCUUAGACGUGAGAUAUCAACACCAGAAAAUCAAAUUGCUGAUAUUAUUCUUCCUACGUCUUCCGACCGAGAUUCCAUCCAUUCUUCUUAUCGAGAUUUUAUCGAGACUUUAAAAGUUAGGUGUAGUUCGACGAACUCCCAUGUAGCUAAUCCCAUCCCAACUAGUGAAUCCAGCAUGAAACGAAAUCGAAUGACUGCUGUAAAUAAAUAUGAAGAUAUUGGCAUUUCUAGACCACCAAAAUGUGGCAAGCUGAAUAAUAGUUGUAACCAUCCAAUACAGACAAAUAACUGUAAACAAAUGUUUAAUUCUAAUCCUCCGAGUAUGGAUCUACAAAAAAAGUGUUUGAAUGGGAAAUCUUCGCAUAUGAAAAACUUGCAAAUGGAAACAGUUGCAUUAUCACCGACUAAACAUAAGUUCUGUACGGUUGGCUCUCAUACUACUUGUUUUUAUGAAUUCGAAUCACCAAAAAGGUCUCUUCAUGAAGAUACGGGAUUUCAGGUUCCCGUUCCUUUUUCAGAAAAUGUGUCAACCCGUCCGAGAACCAGUGUGGAUGUUACUCGUCGUCCUGAAACACUACAAAAACGUUUAUCUCCUACGAUAGAACCUAUUGUUCCAUAUGCAAAUAGACCAAAGACUAUCUGCGAUCAUGUUACAGAAGCUGCACGUCUAGAUAUAAAAUUGAGCGCACAACGUGUAAAGCACAUGCUUGUUAUUGAUUCUGAAGAUGAUGAUAAUGAUGAUAAUUCUGAUGAGGAUCAAUGUUUUUAUACAGAUGAUGGAGUUAAUUCUUCAGUCUCUUCGUACGAAACAAUUCAUAAACCAACUGCUAGUGUUUGGAGACGUUUAGAAGCUGUAGGGGCUAGUGAAUCAGAGUUGGAAGAGAAUAAUGUUUGUAUCGUUGAAGAUAUCAAGGAUGAAAAACCUGUGAUUGUGGAUAAUGUAUCUCAGCAUUGCUCAACUUUUUGGAAGUAUAAUACCAAUACGAACAAUUUCCAUCAAUCUGGCUUGAAUAAUUUUAUUGGAGACAUUCGUGCUAAGAAUGAAUUUCGAAAUCUCAUUUAUAGUGAUCCUUUACGUUUCGCUUCUGUACACAAACGUCAACAAACUCUAUUUCAUAGAAGAGGAAAGAAACCUUUUAAAUCUUUGGAACCACAAGUAAACAGUAUAGAAAAGGUAGAAGUUUACGAAAAGGACUAUACAAACAGAAGUAGUUCACUUCAUUCUCCUCGAGAGAAGAUUGAUAAAGAAUCACUAGUUGUCAAAUCGAAUGCUCCCGGUAAUACCAACAUUCAAGCAGUUAAUGUGGAAUGUACAGACUCUGGAGAUCGGAGUUCAUCAUCACAUACUGCCUGUUCCAUCAGGACGAAAGCACAAGAGUUAUUUAUAACAGAUGAUAAAUCUGAUUCCCAGGCACUCCCUACGAAUCAUCAAAAGAUUAAUAAUUUUAUAAAUAAAACUAUAAACCCUUCGCAACUUAGGCUAACACCCGCUGCACUUAAUCUCCAGUUAGCCGUUGAAAUGAAUUAUCUUGAAACGCUCUCUGGUUCAAUGCAACAUAUUGCUGAUAUGGAGUCUCUUCGUCAGAUUACCGCUGCUCAAGCUGAAUGUGUUAGCCUUGCACAAUUGCUUAAAGCUCGUGAAUUGCAGAUAUCAUCAAAGAUUAGUGAUUAUGCGUUGGAGAAAGAAACACCAGGUGUAUUUGUCAGCCCUAAUGAACCAGGUCGUCUGAUUUCUGGCGUACAUUCACCACAGUUUGAAAGUGUACUAAAAGCUGCUGAAGAAUUUGAUAAGGUCGAACGUCGUCUUAGUGUAAGGACUUCACACUUGGAUGCCAUUUCCUACUGUUCUACCGAAUCGCCAUCUGUCGACUCAAAUAUCACAAAUGAAGCAAAUGUUCAUAAAUCUUUAAAUGGAUCUAUUUCAGAAUCCAAUGUAAACAAACAACAAUUUUCUACAGGAAGCGAUAAAACACUUUCAAAUGAUAACGUCAUUAAAUCGAUUUCAGGAGGUGUUGUAACGGCUUCUGAUUCGUCUGAUGAACCUUGUCGUCCUAUCCCUACUAGCUCUACUGUUGCUUCUAUGACUACAAUUGAUAAAGUUUCUGAACCAGGAAAAUUGACUGUCAUAUCGUCAUCAUUAUCGCCCAAUCUAAAUAAUUUCAUUAAUAUUGAAAAAAAGUUAGAAAAAAAGAAGAAAAUAUCAGUGGAUUUUAGUGGUGAUGAUGAUGAAUCUAUGAAAUCAUAUGGUAAAGUUACCAAUGGAGAACAUCAGAGAAAAUCAAAUGAUCAAGUGCUCAUUAAACGGAAAAAAUUAAAACGACAUUCGCGAAACGAAAAAUCACAUAUAAAAUCGACAGAUAUUCCUAUGCUAAAUCUAUGCGUCGCCAUGUCGCCUAAUAGCUCUUGUCAAACUGAAAGGAAUGAAAAAUUCAGUCAAGUAAAAUAUUUAUUAACUCUUGAUUUCAGUGCUUUGAAUAAGCGUGUAGCGGCUUUACAAUCUAGGCGUAAGAAAGCUGAAGAGCUUUUAGCGCUUUCCAAAAAUAUUGAACUCGAAGAGGUCGAAGUUAUUCGCUUAGAACGUGAAGCAUUGAACGCAAUCCAAAGUAAACGUUUAGCUUUGCAUGAAAAUCGGUCCCAGUUAUCAAAUGAUAAUGAAUCAAAAAAAUAUUCAACAUCUAGUCAUUGGUCGAAGAAUAGCAACUCUAAACAUUGGAGAUCGAAUUCUCAUUCACCGGUUUUUCAACGUUCCAGUUAUUCACAAUAUAGUGAUGAACUCGGUUUAGAAGAGCCCGGUGAUGACAAAACUAAUUCUGAGCGAAUUCCUACAGCUUCUUUGGGCAAAAGUUCUAGCUUGUUAAAAUGCAAUAUAAUCAACUCAAAUACUGCUUCUGAAUGUUCUACUGCUCGGACAGUGUCUACUGCGACUGAUCUAAAGUAUUGCAAGUCUGACUCGGAUUCAAAUCUAUCAGCUGCACAUUCCGAGAAACAUCAUUCCAACACUUCUUUUGGCAAUAAUUAUAAGUUAAUACCAAAUCGAUACAAUGAGAAGUGUACAUCAAAUUUACUAAGCACUAAAAAUGAUGAUUAUAAUAGUCGAGUUUCCAAAGUUUCAAAUUAUUGUCUUCCAAAACUUGAUAUUGGAGUUGAAACCACACCGUCUUUACGUAAUCUGUUAACAUGUGAAGUCGCUACACCAUCGUUAGAUCGUACUGUGACUCCGACGUCUAGGCACCUACGUCAACGUUCAAAUUCUCAUGAUUCUGGUCGUCGAAGACGUGUCACUGUCCUCAAUUCAGUUGAUUCAAUGGAUGAGGACGGUCGGUUGUUCGGUGUUGGAGAUGAUGAACCAUUUUCUACAGUAUCGAUCAAUUCACAUUCCGAUCUCAGUGAAUUAGAAUCACGGAUUCAAGCUCUGAACUCCAAUCUACAAAAACAGGAAAGUAUUCUAUGUCGCAUCAAUGUAGAAUAUAAACGUGUUCAUAAAGAUCGCCUAGCAAGAUUAGAAUCCACUUUGCUGAAACAUAGACAGCUUUGUACAGAAAUCAUUGCCAAUAUCAAAGCUGAUUUAGAUAUUUGCAGAGCAUCUGUCUGUACAGAACCUAAUGAUUCUCAUUCGAAAUCUAUGAAAAAAGUAAUCGAUACAGAUAAUAUUUCUUAUACAUCACCAUCAAAAUCUUUGAAUAAAACAACACUCGACAAUUUUAACGAUAACAGUAUCUCUUGUGCAUCAUCAAAACGUAUUGAUAAAUUGGCUUUAUCUACUCGCAUUCUCACUAGUAAACACUCGACAAACAAUGAUGACACUGAACCAGAUACAUUAAUUUCAGUGGCUGAAGAAUUAGUAUCAUCACAGGAUACUGAUGAUGAGUUGAAACAGCUCGAUUUAGAUGAUGAUAUUGAUCGUAGUACACCAGUUGCUGAGCAUUCUCCUAAUUCAACGAAUAAAAAUAAUACAUAUUUAUGCAAUGCUGACGUCAGUGCUGUGGAAUCUAAGCAAACAACUAAUUCUGAAAUGUCAAAAAAUAAGCGUAGUUUAUCUCCUUCAAUUCAUACAGAGUCGUCAUAUUAUACAGAUUUUCAACCGAGCUCUGAAGACAACAAUUCGAAAUCUCUAAAUAAUCAAGAUAUUUUACCCAAAGAGAUUGAGAAGGAAUCCAAUAACACAUCAAUGAAGUCUGUAAUUAACUCAACUGAAAAAAUGUUAAUGGGAGAAGUAACUCAAACAAACAAUAUGUUUUCUAAUCAGUUAGAUCCCAAAAUUUUUAUUAACGAAUGUGGUUCAAUCGAAACUUACAGCUAUAUUGAUACUGACGAAUUCCAGUGCAAUUCAACUGUCCUUGGUGUUACUGUUGCAGACAAUGAAUUUGAAUCAAAUGAUAUCUUAUCUAAAUCUCCAUUCACUAUAGUUCCUGAAGCUAAUUAUGUUAGUGACAGAAAGGUUUCGACUGUAACCACUGAAGAUUUCAACAACAUGGUAGUAUCCACUGACAUUUCAGUUCCAUCUGCGAAAACUAGCUUACAUAAAGUCGCUGAAGAUCAUCGACAAAGAGAAGAAUUAGUUGAUCAAAUUACCACUGAAUUGCUAAAUCAACUUGUCUCCGAAGCUAUCGAUUCUACAUUGAAUGUUCGAAAAUCCAACUUUCAGAUUGAAUCUCCUGAAAAUUCGGAAAGUGAUGACGAAGAUGACUUAUUAGACGAUGAAUUUCAUCAAAGAUCUUCAGGAUCCCAAUCCUCUUCGGAAGAGUCGGUGCCUUUAUUAGAUCUGGGAUUAAAAGCACAUAAAGAUUAUGAAGAAAAGUGUUCUGAAACAGAUAAAUCUAAAAUCUGUGUCACUCCAGAACCGUCAUAUACGGUAGAUAAUAUUGAAGGGCUAUUCGCUGAUACACCGGACAGAACACAGCCAUUGAUUCAUCUUGCUGUCAAACAUUUUUGGGAUGCUAAGUUAAAUGCAAAGAGUGAAUGCGAAGAAGUUGUCCUAUUGAAAGCUUCUAAUAAUCCUCCAUUGGAAUUCUCAGUUGAUUAUUAUGACGAAGCAGAUCUCGAAUUGUUCAAAACUCAAUCAAAUGUAAAAUUUGUAAAUCGUGCUUUAUUGUUUGAUCUGAUAAGUGAAAUUAUACAAAAAAUUUAUGUUGGUGAGGACAAUGACCUUGAGUUACAAGAAAGGCUAGUUAAUAGCACCAACUCAUCUGAAUCGAAAACGUCUCAUCGUGUUUCAAGUGCUCAGUUUCGGCUUUGGCGUGGUCCUUGUCCACCAACCACUUACAAUCGUCUGUUGACUAUUGUUACAUCUGAAGUUUGUAGAGAAUUGAAUCUUAAAAUAGAAUGGAAAUCGGAAAUGCCUAAUCACAAUGGUAAUAAAACAAAAUAUCCUGGUUUAAAUGAAGUGGUUCCGUCUGGUGUACGUUUAUCUCGUUUAGUACAAUGGACAUUAGCCAAAAAAUCAUGGUUAGAUCGUGUACUAGAUUUGGAAUUACGUGCAGAUGAACCAAGUUGGUUAUCGUAUGUACCAGAAGAACGUGAGAUUAAAAUGAAACUAGCUCGUGAACUAUGGGAGGAUAUACUAGACGAUGCUUUGAAUUCUGUUCUAGCCUCAAAUGCUUGCCAUUUGUCAAAGUAAUUUAUACACUAUCAUUCUAUUUAGGGUGUCUUAUUUUAUUGAAACUGUAAUUUGAUUUUUUUCUAAUAUCUAAAAUAUCAAUCUGAAACUGCUGUGAUAUAUUUCUUUUAGUGAUUAAAUGCUUUUAUAAAAAAAAUAUAUGACCAUCAAAUGUGUAGAACAGAGUAAAUAUUACCUCUAUCUCAGAUCUCACCUUGUGUUGUUCCCACUUCCUUUCAACCAUAUCACUUAUUCGUAAACCGUAUAGAAUAGCAACAAUCAUACACAUACAUAAUUUAUAUCCUAUUAGCUUUUGUACAUAUAUAUUUUCUUCUUAAUUUUUUCGUCUUUCCCCUUCUUCCCAUUACCAAUAUGUUUAAUUUUAUUGUUACAAUAUGAAAAAUACAAAUGAAAUGCUUGUUGUAUAUUAUUUGAUUUAAAAUGCAUACUGCUAUCGCUGUUAUACAUAUCCUUAGUACACUUAAAUAACCUCGUGCAUUUGAUUUGUUCUGCAUCUAACAUCGUUCUUCCUGUCCUCCCUUAUAUUUUUACUCUAUGAGAAUAAUGUUGACUAGAUUUUUCCCAUUUUUUCCAAUUUUUUCCUUCGUAUAGAAAUGUUACAAUUAUGUGUAUUUUGUAAUAUUUACAUGUCAAUGCCUAUUUGUGUUUACCAGUUUCCCUUAUCUUUUGCUUGUUUUUUUUCCCUGUAUUCCUUAAAAGCUUAUUCAACCAAAUAAUUCAUGUUUGCUAUUUAUUCAAUUUGUGUAUAAAUUAAUGUACUAUUUUCUCUAAUAUUGCAAACAGUUUUCUUUAUCGUAAAGAACAAUAAUUUAUAAUAGCGAU